AUGCGCAGAAAUAGCUACACAUGCUUCGCACAGUUCCUUUUGCUAAAGCCCAACAAAAAUCCUCCUGACCCACUUACCGAUGCCGACUACGAUGGUCACGGCCCGCAGGCCUUCAUCGUUGCAGAUACGAGACAAAUAAACACACCAGCCGCUCCCGGGCACCGCUGUGGGCGACAUCGGUCCGAAGAGUCUCAGAGGGUACCGGCACGUUUCAUGCGGACUGGACAUCCAGUGAUGUAUGUAAGCGUGCAGAUAGCCAUGCACGCAAGACUAGUCCUCAAAAAUGUAACUCUAGCUGCUGACGGCAUUGAAACGUGUCGGCGCGCAAUGGGCGGGCACGGCUUUGGCGGUUCUAGCGGCUUUUGGAUUGGGGAUAACGGGGUGAUCACGCAACAAGUCGUCGCAUACCUCAUCAAGAAAAUAACCGAUAAGGUCGCCAACCCAGAUCGACCGCCCAUAGACCCGACGGAUGGCUUCUUUCAAUUCUACCUGCAUAACCGCAGCCAUAGGGUUUCGCAGAGCGCUGUAAAAGGAAACGGAGAUGUAGAUGACCAGCACAUACUGGACGUAUCCAAUAGCACGCAGCAGAACUCUGGCCUACCGCGCAUACCAAGCCAGAAGUAGUAGAGAAGAAACACUGGAAAAUACUCAUAAAACAGCUGUACAACUUAAGUCGGACUUACUCGGAGCAAAUCCCUGUUACAACCUGCUAUAACUCUUUCUCCUCCACGACUACGACCCUUUUGGAACCUACCCAGCUGUGCUUCGAGUGUGUUUCUGGCUCUACCCAUUCUACACAGAAGACACAUACCUCCGUCAUUCACGAUGGCAAUCGCUCCAUCCGUGCAGUCUGUGUACGGCCUGCAAGAUGCGAUUCUAACCUUGAUGAGCGAGCUGCGGCUGCACGCGGUCAGAUUAGUAGAUGCAUGGUCGA